UUUUAUCCCCACCGAGUUUGACUCAAUCAACAAAAUUUUGCCGUUUCCAUCCAUCAAUCCAACCCUCUAUACAAGCUAUGAAGCUCCUCACCAUUUCCCCUUCUCAAAGCAUCCCCUGUUUUCCCCUCUGCUCUGUUUUUGUCUCCCUUCCAGCAAAAAUGGCGCCUUCCAAGCUACUCACCCUUUUCCUCUCCGCCGCCCUGCUGGUCCUCCUCCUUCGCCCCGCCGCCUCGCAAUCCCCCAACGCCGUCGUUAGAGGCGGUUACUGGUUCCCGGAAAGCGGGUUUGCAUCCUCCGCCAUCAACUCCAAGCUUUUCACUCACCUCUUCUGCGCGUUCGCCGGCGUUGAUCCGCAGACCUUCCGGCUCACUGUCCCCGACGCGAAUCAGCCUCAAUUUUCGACCUUUACCCAGACGGUUCAGCGCCAGAACCCGUCAGUGAAAACCCUUUUGUCGAUCGGCGGCGGCAAUGCCAAUCUCACUACUCUGGCUGCCAUGGCAAGCCAGCCCGGCGGAAGGAAGGCGUUUAUCGAUUCCUCCAUAAGCCUUGAAUGGCGCGCCGCCGUGGCGGAGGAAGCUAGGAGCUCCGGCCAGUCUCCCCUGCUUUUAUCCGCCGCCGUCCUCUACUUAUCCUACUACUACUCUCCCUCCGUCCCAUAUCCUGUCCAGACCAUAUCAAACUCCCUGGACUGGAUCAACCUGAUGGCCUACGACUUCUACGGCCCCUGGUCGCCGACGAUGACCGCCCCGCCGGCGGCCCUCUACAAUCCCGGCCGCCGCGAGAGCGGAGACAACGGGGUCAAUUCCUGGAUCGAGUCGCAAUUUCCCGCCGAAAAAAUCAUUCUGGGGAUGCCGUUCUUCGGUUGGUCGUGGCGGCUCGUUGACCCGGAGAACCACGAGCUUUACUCGCCGGCGAACGGGAAGGCACUGGCCGGAGAUGGUUCGGCCGGGUAUGACCGGAUCAAUGCGUUUGUAGCUCAGAACAGGGGAACCAAAGUGUUCAAUUCCACGGUCGUUUCGGACUAUUGUUACAGCGGGACGACUUGGAUCGGAUACGACGACGUUCAGAGCGUUUCGACGAAGGUUGCUUAUGCUAAGAACAGAGGGUUGGGUGGUUACUUCGCUUGGCAUGUUGGUGCUGAUGAUAAUUGGACUCUUUCCACCACAGCAUCGCAGGCAUGGGGAGCUUAAGGAAUGGUUGGUCGGUUAUGUGUUUGAGGAAGAGAUUCAAAUAGUACAAUACAGGUUGGAUUAGGGGUGGGAAACAAUUAUGUACGGGAAUGAAAUGUAUUCGAAUCGGUUCUUAUCGUAUGAACUGUUUUAAAUAUGCAAAAUGAGGGAUUAAAAUUGAAUUUAGAUCGAGUCGAAUUGAAUCAAAUGAACUAAACAUACUUUAGAUUCAUAUUUGGUCCUCAUUUUUGUUUUA